AUGUGUGUAGGUGAAGGUAUCUUACCCCCGGGGCCUCUGAGUGGAGCUGUGGCGGGCACAGUGAAGUUCACCACCACCCUCAGACCUCCUGAGAGUCCUUUCCUCUCAGUCAGCUGGAGCUUCAAAGGGGUGAACAUCAUCACCUCCACCAGCACCAACAUCACGGAGCCCGGACAUGCCAACAGGAUCACAUUAGACCGAGCCACGGGGGCCCUGGAGCUCAGGAACCUGGUGCUGGAGGACAGCGGGGAGUACACCCUCACCAUCAUACCAGACGGAGGGCUGCAGAGACAGGGGAAGACCAUACUCAAUGUGUAUGCGCUGAUAACCGGAGCCACCAUCCGCAGCCCCGCAGCCAUCUUGAUAGAAGACAAAAGCUCCACCAACCUCAGCUGCGAGGCCUCCGGCUCCAUCAGCACCAGAGAGUGGAUGAAGGACGGCCGGCCGCUCCACCCGAGCGGCAAAGUCAGCUUCUCCAUGGACAACAGGACGGUGUUCAUGCAACCCGUUCACAGCUCCAACCACGGCACCUACCAGUGUCGGGUCAGCAACCCAGUCAGUUCCAUGACUGCGGCCCACCAACUCACUGUCAACUUUGGACCACAUAACAUAUCCAUUACUGGACCGUCAGCAGCAGCACCUGGCCGGAGAGUGACUCUGCAGUGCACAGCAGACUCCGUCCCACCAGCAAACUUCAGCUGGAUGUUUAACGGCAAUGAGACGCAUGUUAAUAACUCCAUGUACAUCAUAGAGAGGUUGGAGGCAGAAAGCAUAGGGAACUACUCCUGCACUGCUUCAAAUAUGGUGACCAUGCGGGAAAACUCCACAGUCCUGUAUCUGAGAGCAUCCUGCACUGCUCCCUGCUGGUCGUUUUUACUGCUGCUAAUCAGUGCACUGAUUCUGAGAGGGAUAAUAUAAGAGGAGGCGGCAGGUGAGAUUAAUCAUUAUAUAUCUGCCUUAUCUAUAUGUUCUUACUGUCAUACUAAUUUCCAUUGCUUUAAAUUUUUUUCUCAGAUUCUUCCGUCCCUGACGCAUUUUGCUCCUGACCGAGGACCCUGAAUAAAAUCAAUAAAAAUGUGCUUCUGUAUGAAAUGUUAUUUUGACUCAAGAGACAUUGAUGUUACAGCUCGUCAUUCCUGAGACAGAGUGGAAACUCUCACAUUGGAAAAACACUCAUUUUAUGCGUCUUAAUUAUAGACUGUAACAGUGAAAAUAAAUGCCUGUGUCCACAUUUGGUUUCACAAAUAACAGCACCAUAAAUUACUUUUCCAUAGUUACUUAUAGUGCAGGAAUAAUCACCAGUUUUUAACCAAAAGGACAAAGUGCUCUAUGGUAAAAAACAAAACAAAAAAUAGCCUUUUCCUUCACUGGAGAUGAGAAUGGCUUGUGGGAUUAUUUUUGGAUUAAGUUGAUGAUGUUUUUUUUUUAAUAAACCAGAACAUGAGGAAUACUUGGAUUUAUGUUUUUCUAUCUCUGCUCACAGAUAAACCAGAACACUGUGUGGAUACUGUAUGCUUAUGAGUAUAUAUUUGGUCAUGUAUGCAAUGUGACUGUUUUUUUAUUUUUCUAAAAGGAAGCUGUUGUCUGAAACUAGAUUUAGAGUUCCCUUUCUGGGUGACAAAAAGUUCAACCAAUGUUGCUUCACAGUUGCAGACCUUGUGAUCCUAACCCUGACCCAGUUUAUAAUUAUAGCCCCAAUCACUGAGUAUCAGCACAUUGAAGAGUUUCCAUAAACCACACCUCUCCUGUUUCUAUCAAACAAACAGACUGAUGUCUUGAAGUAGAGUGAUAUUAGUUCAUCAGAGUUUAAAAUGGGUGCCAAGUAAUGUG